GUUGUGUUUACAUAUUUUUUUAGUGUGAGGAGUUACUGUAAAUUACUAUGUUCAGAGUAUCUUGUAUAAAUCGAAUAUUUUCAGUUAAUAGUCUAAACAGAUCGAAUUAUUGCACGAAACCAGAGUUCAGAAAUGCAACACAAAGAAUAGACAAGAGCGAAGGGAAGCAGGCACAGUUCUCCUCGGCUAAAAUUGGACCCUUUUUCCAAAGUUCACCCCAACUUGAAAACCAGUACACUGGAGACGCAGUGCUUCAAUCCUACGUGCAUAGAUAUAUACCUGAAGAGAUUCUUGCCCCCAUUGAGACUGACUUGAUUCGUUUUGGGGAGCGAGUCGCAACAGAAGUUUACGAGCUUGGACUUCAGUGUGAAAGAGAGCCGCCUCAGUUAUUGCAGUUUGAUGCCUGGGGAAAUCGGGUGGACCAACUCAUCACGAGCCCAGCAUGGAAACGGCAGCAUGAUAUUUCAGCUGAGGAAGGGCUAAUAGCCAAUGCUUACGAGAGGAAAUACGGAGAAUGGAGCCGGCUUUACCAAGUCAUUAAACUGUUUCUCUAUUCGCCAUCAUCAGGACUUUACUCCUGUCCCCUAGCUAUGACCGACGGAGCAGCUAGAGUAAUUAAGCAACUGCCUUCAGCCUACUCUUGGAUAAAGGAGAGAGCGUAUCCGCGGCUGAUAUCCCGUGAUCCGGCACAGUUCUGGACAUCCGGGCAGUGGAUGACAGAACGAAGGGGAGGAUCCGACGUGGCCUCAGGUACUGAGACUGUAGCGGUGCCUCAGAGUGAUGGAAGUUAUCGUCUCCAUGGUUACAAGUGGUUCUCCUCAGCAACAGAUGCAAAUAUGACCUUGACAUUAGCUAGAGUUGAAGGUCCAGAUAAAAAUGUUAUUGAGGGAACCAAAGGACUGAGCUUGUUUUAUUUAGAAGUCUUUGACGAGCAGAAGAAACUGAACAACAUUCAAGUCCAGAAGAUGAAGAACAAACUCGGAACUCGUCAGUUACCUACUGCCGAAUUACUUUUGGAUGGAGCUGUAGCCUACAGGAUAUCGGACGAGGGGCGUGGAGUAGCCGGGAUAUCCAACAUGUUGACCAUCAGUCGCAUUCACAACGCCUUGUCUUCAGCAGCUGCAAUGAGAAGAAUUUUAAGUAUGGCUCGAGAUUACUCAACCAGAAGAAAGGCGUUUGGAGAUUACCUAAAGAACUAUCCCCUCCAUAUGCAGACGCUGGCGCGCAUGGAGGUAGAAGCUCGGGCUGCCACGAUCCUGGUGCUAGAGGUGGCUAGGUUGCUGGGGAGGGAGGAUACAGGAAUAGCCAGUGAUCAAGAGUCUCUUCUGUUGAGACUACUUACUCCCCUAGCUAAACUAUACACUGCAAAACAGGCUAUGUCCGUUGUGUCUGAGGGUCUGGAAUGUUUUGGAGGUCAAGGUUAUAUAGAGGACACUGGACUCCCAGGAUUGCUGCGUGAUUCACAGGUUUUAACAAUAUGGGAGGGGACCACCAACAUUCUGUCCCUGGAUGUACUGAGGGCCAUCACAAAGACACAGGGGGAGGUGCUGGUCGCUCUCCACCACUCUGUCAUGUCCAAAAUCCAAAAGGCCAGUCAGACCCAGGAACUGAAGGACCACAGUCACAGAGUGAAAGAGGCCACCCUGAAGGUCAUGAACUUUGUCCAAACCAAUCCAGACAAAGCACAGGUGGCCGCGCGAGACCUGGCAUACAGUCUGACCAGAAUUUACAUAGCCUCUCUUCUCCUAGACCAUGCGGUGGAGUGUGGAAUGACUCGGACAGACAUACACACUGCUCAGCGCUGGUGUGAGGGGGACCUGGCCCCAGUGGUCUCCAAUCUGUCCCACUACAGCACCACCCCUGAGGAUCUACACCUGGUCUUCCAGAAUUACUCUGGACAAUGAUGUGAUGCAAAUUAUUCAGAUUCUGUGAUAAUUUACUAAGAUUUUUUUCAUAACCAGACAACAUAGUUAUGUCUCAUAAACCUAGCCAGGGAUUUCUCAAUGCAAAAAAUUGGUACCUCAAUCGUAAAUCUGUGGUUGAUUUUUUAAUUUAUGUGCACCAAGGUCUAUACAACAUAUUAUAAUGAGCUGCGAAAUGGAGGUGAAAAAAGAAAUGAUGCUUAUGGAGAGCCCAGGGAUGAACUGUACUAGUUAACACACAGGCAGACAUUCUCCAGGCUCAAUUUGUUAGGAGUAGAGUCUGCUCUCAGUGCCAAACAUUUGAAUUGUAUUAUGUGAAUUUCCAGAAUGCUUCUUGAUUAAAUUAAACAUACAUUGUA